GUUGACCAACAGACCUCUGACCAGACGCCUUUGGACGACAUGGAGACCCGAUGCUUGGGAAACUCCCCAUCAUAUAGCAGGCCUGGCACCCUGUGCAUACCUAGGUGUCAUGGGGGUGUGUACAUGCAUAGAUCCGGGGUCGACAUACGGUAGAGUGGGUGGUCAUCACCAUCCACCGCGCUCCGAUCACGUGCUUCCGGGUCCUGGUCCUCGCUCACCCGCCCUCUGAUCCCUCAUCGCGCCACGAAGCAUUGGGUCAAUCCCCCACAGCGCCGGCCAGUCAGACUCAGUUCGGGAGCGACACAUGUGCAGGACCUUGUCGUACGCUGGGUGGGCUGGGAUUGAGCGAGAGGUUUCGAUGGAGGCGCGGACUUAUAAUUCUGGAACUCCCGGGUCAGUCACUUGGAGCCCUCCAGAGACAGUAAUUGAAUCACCCAACAUUCUUACGCGUACCUUUGGGCUGCUCACCUUCGAGAAUGGCGUCCAAGUUUGCAACCGUUACCUACUGCCCGCUGUCCUCGAAAGACCCCAAGGAUCGGUUUGCGGUGUACAAUCCGGCGACGGGUCAUGAGAUCACGACGAUCCAAGGCGCAGGUCUAUCCGAAGUCGAGGCGGCGGUCGCUAUCGCCCAAGAUGCCUUUGACAACGACUGGAGACACCGGUCCCCUCGCGAGAGGGCCUUCCUAUUGAACAAAGCGGCCGACCAUCUCGCCGCACACAUGGGCGAACUGUGCCAACUGCUCUCUCUCGAAAACGGAAAGCCAGUCUCGCAGGCGGCCGAGAUCGACGUCCCCGCCCUGGUCCACAUCUUUCGUUAUUUCGCGUCCUUAAUCGAUAAGUUGCCCCUAGACUUCCACGACGAAGGAGCCAUCUACGCCAACAUUGUACGGGAACCCUACGGCGUGGUCGCUGGAAUCAUACCGUUCAACUGGCCCCCAAUCCACGUGGGAGGCAAAGGCGCCCCGGCUCUGGCGGCCGGCAACACCGUCAUCAUUAAGCCUGGAGACCAGGCGCCGCUCACAGCGAUGCGCAUCAUCGAGCUCCUACAGGAGGUCCUCCCUAAAGGCGUGAUCCAAGCGAUCCCUUCCGUCGGCCUGGAUGUGCCCCAGGCAUUGGUCACGCAUCCCCAAGUCAAGAAGAUUUCAUUCACCGGCUCAACCAAGGCAGGUGCAGCCGUGAGCAAGCUAGCCGCCGACGGAAUCAAGCCCCUCUCCCUCGAACUCGGGGGCAAAAACGCGCUGAUUAUCUUUGACGAUGCCGACCUGGACCUGGCGGUGCGCUGUGCACUCGAUGGCGCUUUUUUCAACCAGGGCGAGGCCUGUACGGCAUCGUCGAGACUGCUGGUACAGUCGGGGAUCCAUGACGCCUUUGUCAGCAAAAUGGCCGCCGCCGUGCCCCGUCUAAAGGUGGGCGACGGCGCACGACCAGAGACCCACGUCGGCCCGCUCGUCUCGAAGGUGCAUCAACAGAGGGUGCUCGAGUAUAUCCAAAUUGGACUGGAUGAGGGAGCCGAGAUGAAGGCCCAGGCAGCUCUCCCCGAUGAUCCCGCGCUGAAAGACGGCUACUUUGUCCAACCUACCUUAUUCACGAAGGUCACCAGAACCAUGCGUAUUGCACGAGAAGAGAUCUUUGGUCCGGUGGUGACGGUCACACCAUUCGAGAGCUACGAGGAGGCUGUGUCUAUCACCAACGAAUCCGAAUAUGGGCUCUUUUGCGGAGUCUUUACCAAGGACACGACCCGGGCGUUGAGGCUGGCUCGGGAUGUGGACGUGGGCGUCGUCCUGAUCAACAACUAUAAUCGGGGGGUCAUGGGGACUCCAUUUGGCGGGGCCAAACACAGUGGCUAUGGGCGGGAGCACUGUCUGGAAACCUUGCAUGAGUACAGCCGGCCAAAAAACAUCCGCAUGCCAUCGGGGAGGGGGGUCAUUGGGGGGUGGAGCAAGGUGCAUGAGCUGGUCGUGGAGGAGCCAGCCACCAAUGGAGUCAAGUGA